GGUGGCUGGUACCUGCUUGAUACAGACGCUACUCCAGAGAUCCUGGCUGAGACCAGAUCAUGUCGGACCUGGGCUCCGAGGAGUUAGAGGAGGAAGGAGAGAACGAUCUUGGGGAAUAUGAGGGGGAGCGAAAUGAACUGGGAGAACGGCACGGAAACGGGAAAGCGAGAUUGCCCAAUGGAGACACAUACGAAGGACACUAUGAGUUUGGAAAAAGAAAUGGCCAGGGGGUCUACAAAUUUAAGAACGGUGCCCGGUACAUCGGAGAAUAUGUUAAAAAUAAAAAACAUGGUCAAGGCACCUUUAUCUAUCCAGAUGGAUCCAGAUACGAAGGGGAGUGGGCAGACGACCAGAGGCACGGCCAUGGCGUAUACUACUACAUCAAUAAUGACACCUACACGGGGGAUUGGUUCAAUCAUCAAAGGCAUGGGCAAGGCACCUACUUCUAUGCAGAAACUGGCAGUAAGUACGUCGGUAGCUGGGUGAACGGGCAGCAGGAGGGUGCUGCCGAGCUCAUCCACCUGAACCACAGGUACCAGGGCAAGUUCCUGAACAAAAAUCCUGUUGGUCCUGGAAAGUACGUGUUUGACAUCGGAUGUGAGCAGCAUGGCGAAUAUCGCCUAACAGACGUGGAAAGAGGAGAAGAGGAGGAGGAAGAGGAGACAUUAGUGAGUAUCGUUCCAAAAUGGAAAGCUCUCAAAAUCACAGAAUUGGCCCUCUGGACUCCAACCCUCUCCGAGGAGCAGCCUCCCGCUGAGGGACCAGGCCAGGAAGAAGCACUGGGAGCUGCUGGAACGGGUGACGCCUCAGAUGAAACCCAGGGUCUGCCGGAAGGCUUUGAGGGCGAGAUGGAUAUGAGGACCGGCGAGGAAGACAUGGACACGUUCAGGCAGGAGAGUCAAGAGAACGGUUAUGACAUGGACCAGGGAAAUGCAAACUUUGACGAAGAGCAGUCAGACCUCCAGGAGUAAGAUGGAGGAGGUGGAGGAACAGGGGCACACCAGCCCGGCCUCAGUUAACUCCGGGCAGCUGGGGCUGGCGCCAACCAGCCCUCAAUCUUUCU